AUGGGGCUCCAGCUGGAGAAGCAGCUCCUCUUCCUCUCCCUCCUCUGUGUCCUCUCCAAGGUGUGUGCCCAGCUGUGCCGGAGACCAUGCUACUGCCCCUGGGUGCCACCCCACUGCCCCCGCGGGUCCCCCCUUGUCCUGGAUGGCUGUGGCUGCUGUAAGAUCUGUGCCCGGCGCCUGGGAGAGCCCUGUGACUUCCUCCACGUCUGCGACCAGAGCCAGGGCCUCGUCUGUGACUACAGCACGGCGACUGCGGGGACAGGAGCCACCUGCAACUUUGAAGAUGACGAGGAGGGCUGCGAGGUGAACGGCCGGGUCUAUCGAGAUGGGGAGGUUUUCCAGCCCAGCUGCAAACUUCAGUGUCGCUGCCUGGACGGGGGCUUCACCUGCGUCCCACUCUGCCAGGAGGAUGUCCGGCUGCCCACCCCAGACUGCCCCUACCCACGGCGCGUGGAGGUCCCAGGGAAGUGCUGCCCAGAGUGGAUCUGCGAGGCCCGGGACUGGCACCUCCUCCGGGAUGCUGGGGCAGCCCCUGGGGCAGCGUCCCCAUCACUGCUGUACCCCUGCCAGGAGUGGAGCACGGAGUGGAGUGCCUGUUCAGCCACCUGUGGUGUGGGCUUUUCCACCCGCAUCUCCAACCAGAACCACUACUGCAGGCUGGAGACUCAGCGGCGGCUCUGCAUGGCCAGACCCUGCCCGGCUCUGCUGGCAGCAUCCCCGGCGAGGGGAAGAGGAGGUCGUUUGUAG